AUGGUGUGGCCUGGGGGAUAUCUCGCAGUCUCAUUGGCGCUGGCAGCGCAAGUGGCCGUGGUUCUGGGCGAGUUGCCCAAUUGUCCAUAUCUGGGUCCCGUAUUUCCAAAACCUACAAACCUAGCAUCGUCGGAUACCAUUGCUCAGGCGGUGGCGAAUCUCAACUCUGCAUUCGCCGGGUAUACGAAUGAUCCCGCCAAUAAUCCGAAUCAGACGUCUUGGUCUGUUCAACUCUUCUCAACCUCGGACGAUGGCGACCAACCAGUAUGGGAGAAUUACCACACGGCUCCAAACGUAAAUACUUCCUGGGUCAGCGUCGUCGAUGGAAACACGAUAUAUCGGCUGGGAAGUGUAACCAAGAUCUUUACAAUUUUGACGUUUCUUGUCGAGGCAGGAGACAAGCAUUGGAACGCACCAAUCACGGACUAUCUCCCCAGGCUUGCUCAAUUGGCAAAGGAGGGCGAUUCAGACUUUGAUGCCAUCACAAAUGUGGACUGGAGUGAAGUCACGCUGGGAGGUCUGGCCAGCCAAAUGUCGGGCAUCAUUAGGGACUAUGCGAUCAUGGGAGAGCUGACGCAAGAGAACAACCAGACAUUGCUCAUGUCCCAAGGUUUCCCCCCGGCCCCGCUGGCUCUAGUACCGCCGUGUGGCGAGUUCUAUCUAUGUUCACGAGAUCAAUUAAUGGACGGCCUCAAACUCGUACCGCCGUCCUGGGCCCCGUACACGACACCAGGGUAUAGUAACCUGGGCUACCAGCUCUUGGCAUAUGCGCUUGAGAAUAUCACCGGAAGGUCCUUUGAAGACAUGCUUGACAAUGAUAUUAUCAAGCCUUUGGGCCUCAACCAUACCUUCUACACAAUGCCGCCCAGUGGCAUGCCAGGAAUUGUACCAAAGGGUAAUAAUUGGGGAUGGGCCUUUAGCCUGGGGGAGGCAAGUCCCACUGGAAACAUGUACGCCUCCGUCUCGGACCUGUCAUCCCUCGGCCGCGCCAUCUUUCGGUCUACACUGCUCUCACGAGCGACGACACGUAGGUGGCUGCAACCGGCAGCGCUCACAUCAGAGCUGGUGGCCAGCGUUGGGUAUCCGUGGGGCAUUCGUCGCAUCCAGCUCGGAACGGGCACGAACCGGGUGGUCGACUCGUACGGCAAGGCGGGCAGCAUCAAUGCAUAUCAGUCCCUCUUGGUCCUGCUGCCCGACUACGACGUUGGCAUCUCGGCGCUGCUGGCGGGCACCUGGCCAGGCAAUGCCAACUGGGAUAUGGCGGACUUGAUUGGCGGCAUCAUGCUCCCGGCCCUCGAGGAGACGGCACGACUGCAGGCAGAUGCCGCCUACGCGGGAACUUAUGAGCUCUCCUCGGAGACGGACCCCGCCUCGGGCUUGACAAACAGUAGCAUAGUGCUCAGCACGGACAGCUCACGGCCGGGCCUCGGGGUGGAGAGCUGGGUCAGCAAUGGUACGGACAUGAUUCCGAUUGCGGUGCGGUACACGCUCAACUACAACGUCACGGCCCCGGCGAUCCGGCUGUAUCCGACGGGGUUGGAGUCCAGGACCGACGGCAACUCUACCAAAAAGGUUGCUUGGAAGGCUGUGGUCGAAAAUCUGGACGCAACGGAUGAAACAGGAAAGAUGUUUAGCACGGAUUGCGGCUCCUGGGUGAGCCAGACCGCGGCCGUCUACGCAGACAUGCCGCUGGAUCAGUUUGUGUUCACCAUUGGCGAGGACGGAAAGGCGACGCAGAUCAAGAACUUGGCAUUGCGGGCCGAGUUGGACAGGACUGGUUGA